UUUGCUCAAAAGAAGGAAAUGCAACAUAAUGCAGCGUACAUGGGGGCAUGUUUGUGCUGUUUGGACGCGUUUUAUAUUUGCUUAUAGUUCGUGGAGUUACUUCUUAUGCAAACAAGAAUCAACUAACUAGCUAUCUUGUCAAUCUGCCAAAAUUGUCGGGUUUUGGCCAACCUGAACUACCUGAGGAAAGCACCUUUUGUUGGUUGACAUGUUCCUAUGGCAACACACAUACUGCAAAAAAUGGCGUUCCUUAGAUGGACUUGCCAGGAUGUAGCGAAAUGGAUAGAAUCUCUUGGCUAUCCCCAGUACACGGAAUGUUUCACUGAGAAUUUCAUCACAGGCAAGAAGCUGGUUUUUGUAAACUGCAAUUAUUUACCACGAUUAGGAAUCACUGACUUUGAAUAUAUGAAGGCUGUCUCGGCACAUGUCCGAGAGCUGCUGGGCAUCUCUGAGCCUCUGUGGAGUCGGAGUAUUGCAGACCCUCCAUGUGAUGAUAUGGGGAUGUUUCUGAAGCUGAAGAGCAGGACUUUGGAAAAGGCAGAUUCCUUCACCUAUACUCAGUUCAUCAACAACCACAAGUAAACAAGUGUGGAUGAAUAAAAGAAUAAAGAGAUAAAAUAAUUUUCUCGUGCUCUCUCUCUCUGUGUGUGUGUGUGUGAGAGAUAUUUUCAGCAAUGCAUCAUUAUUGCAGUACAGCUGUAAAUGCUCUUAAUCCACUGAUGUAUAAUAAAGUUCUUAAAGGUCA